AUGUCCGAGAAGAAGAGAAAUGGAGCACCACGGACUUUCCCUAAGAGGGAAAAGAGGCCUCCGCUGACACACUUUUUGUGCCUUCCGUUGGUGAACGACAUCUCGCUACCUCAGCUGGAAUCUUCUUUAUCAACAUUCAAAGCUGCCAUUCCCUCGGUUUCGCAUUCAGAUGAGAAUGGCUCCAUACAACAGCAAGUUUCCGCUGAACGGCCGCUCAUCCCCGAUGGCGCGGUGCGUCCCGUCGGCACUCUCCAUCUAACGCUGGGGGUGAUGAGUCUUCCUACGAAAGAACGGCUGGAAGAAGCAAUCGAGUUCUUCCACUCACUUGAUUUGGCGUCCAUAAUGCAUGAGGCAGAGGAGAUUGCCAAGAGAUCAAGACGGUCCCGGAAAAGGAGUUUGUCGCCUCGACAUCAGUCUGACUUUACAGGCGCAGUGGGAAAGCAUGAGGAAUCUCAUCCAUCAAGACUGGAGCACGAAGGUGACUCUGCUUCCGCCAUCGUCCCACGGAGCACCUACGCACCAUUGACGAUUUCUCUCGAAUCCUUACAUGCGCUUCCGAGGGGGCGCGCGGCUACUGUCCUUCAUGCCGCUCCUGUGGAUUCCACGUCUCGCCUCUAUCCCUUUUGCGUUCUGCUACGGAACAAGUUCUUAGAAGCAGGGUUUUUGCAAGGCGAACAUAUCAAGAACAAGCCAGGCUCAGACGAGACUGAGCCCCAGAAGUCAGCCAAAGACAUGGAAAUGGACACCGGAGACGCAACGAGUACAGUGCACCGAGCUGAGCCUCAAUCCCAUACAGAUACCCAAAUCAAGAAUCAUACAGCCCUUCUUCAAGAAAUGCCCGUCGAUUUGGCGGAAGAGUCCGCACAAGCACAUUCGCAAACUCGCGAACCCAUCACGACCACGGUCGCCACCGCCACGCAAACGAAGUCUAAGCUCAAAGUUCGACCGCUUCUCCUUCAUGCUACGGUGGUGAACACGAUCUAUGUCCGUGGUCGACGGCGAGGAGGAGGCCCUCAAAACAGCGGUAACCGCCGAAACAGUCAAUACACCUUCGAUGCACGAGAUAUUCUUGCUCACUACCGAGACUAUUACCUUGAUAGUCAAAGGGCAACGCCACGGUCUACAUCCAUUACAGUGACCUCUCACCCCAAGGAAAUAGAAAGGCAACAAAUCGCUAACAACGAGACUGGUACCGAAAGUGGGUCAAAUUCCGCCAGCAGUACAGACGGCAGUGGCAGCGAGUUUCACAAUUCGCCCCCGGAAAAGAAACAGAAAAUGUCAUCUCUGAAGAGGGUAGAUGCAUUCCCUUUCGUCUGGGCGAAGGACAUCCCACUCGAGACAAUAUGUAUAUGUGAGAUGGGCGCGAAGAAGCUUGAUCCUGACGAUAGUGGGAUGAAUGCACGUUUGGGAGAGAAAUACCGAGUUGUGGCAGAGAGAAGCCUGGAUUUCACAUCUUCAGGGGACCCAAAAGUUGUCCCCGAGGGCAAAGCUUGCCACCAGGAUAAACAAGAAUCUAAUGACGCUGGCAGCAGCGACGGCAGUGUUGAGGGCGGCGUUAAAAUCUAG